AUGUCUGGAACUGAUCAGUCUCACGCUACCGGCGAGUCCAAGGUACCCCAGGGCAUCCAGCAAAAUGCUCCCAAGGAGGUCGAGAACGCUCUCCCCAACCAGGUCCACAACACUGGCUCUCAGAGCCAGUCUCACGCCACUGGUCCCUCUAAGGUUCCCGAGGCCAUUCAGAACGUUGCCCCCAAGGGUCUUGAGGAGGCUCUCCCAGAAUCCAUCCACCCCACAAACAAGUAA